AUGGACCCUGGAGCUGAUUGUCGUCAUGAGCAGUCUGGGGAUUUGAGCCUGUGGGGUGUACACAAGAGUUUAAGAGAGCUUGACCCAAAAGUACAUCCUCCAACAGAGCUGUGUCUUUUUCCAUUGCAUGAAACAAGAGACUUUUCUGUCUCCGUUGAAGUGCAUCCAGACCAGGAGCCAUCCAAGGAGCAACUCUUUCCCUCAGACUAUAACAAGCAAUACUAUGACAUAACUCCAUCUAAGAAAAGUAAUGUUCGAGUCAAUGAUGAAAUAAUUCCCAAGCCAACUGAUAUCAAUGUUGGUGAGAAACAAAUUAAGGUCUCCGUCCAGAGAGAACACCCAUACCAGUCGCACAUAUCCUACUGUGCCAUGUUUCCCAGCCACUGCCCAGAUAAUCCAGACAUAGGCAUACGGACUGCAACCAAACUCCCCAUCAAUCCUCUAAUACCAGCCAAUGCACCACAGGUCACUGUGCUCAGCAAAAGCAAAGGUGCACCUUAUCGUCAUGAGCUACUUGAUAUUCCCAUGGAAACCAGACGGGAUGCUGCAACAUGGCCGGGGCAAAAUGGCUUCCAAAAUCACAUUAAGCCAGUAAAAGGACAGACUCAGAUGUUUUACCCCAAGACUCCAAAAACAUUGUGUUCAAAUCUGACUUUGCGAGACUGGAAAAGCACGCUGCUGGAGCGGACUGCCAAUGCGCUGCGCAAUCUAGAGAAGUCCCAAUGGCUCACUUCAUAUCAGCUGCACUACACAGGUCUAGUAUAUCUCAAGGAGCGAUCCUAUCCCAUUCUCCUGCCCACUCAACCACAUGAAGGACGCUGGGCCCGGAUCCUGCAGAACCAACAUCAUCUGGAGAACCCAUGCCCUCCCUACUCACUUUCCUUUCCCCCAGAGCCUCCAGAUACAGGCAUGGUUUUUACACAAACAAAUGGACCACUAGACAUGACUGCUGAGACAAUCCCCGUUUUGGACACUAUGCGCCAAAAACCAUGUAGUGCAAGUCUCAAGGAGGAAGUGUUUAAAUCCAACCAGGUUAAUGAAUCAAGUCAAACAUGUCAGGUUGUAUUUAAAAACACCGCCUACAUGUGUGACGUGUGCUGCAAAAGAAAUUGUGUUUGCAAGCUAUCUGCGUCAGAUGGCAUUAAACCACAAGGAAAGAUCAACAACCCUGCUUUGACAGUAAAUGAGACAAAGAAUACCAAGCUGGAACCGGUUUUUACACAGCAUAUGUUUCAAGCUGCGCUGCAAGACAAGGAAACAAACCAGAGAGGUUUGUCUAAUAGGAGAACCCAGAACUAUAUCAUAGAAAAUAACCCUUAUGAGUUUAAGUGCACAGCACCACCCAGUGCAGAUGAGACAGACAGGCAUGUGCACUUUGAGCAAACUGUGAAAGACUUUGAAGAGGAGGAGAAAAUGAAGCAGGGUUCUCAUACUAUUCCAUCUAUCUGUCCACGCUUCUCUAGAGGCAACUUUGGGUAUGGAGUAAAAAGAAGUAGCAGGGAUUUGGGGUCUGAGCUACUUGAGCUUCAGGACUCUUUUAGCCGAACAAAGGCCCAUCGAAACUUCCACGAAUCUCUGCAGGAUGCCACUGUAGAUCUCAGGGACAACCAUCACACUGGGAGAAAGCACUUCUUCUAUGGCUUCAACUCUUACUAUUUUCAUAACUGA